UUUCCUCUUCCAAGGUGGUGGAGAGUUGGGGAGAAUCCAGAGGACACAUCGUCAUCAUUUCCUCCUUUACCUUCUGUCGGCCAAGGCUGCUUUGAAAGGCCCUGCCCCCGUGAAGGAACCGCUCCCGGUGACCCAGGCUCAGCACUAAGACGUUGUCAUCACAGGUUGCAAUUCCAGAACGAUCUCAUCAACAUGGUAGACACAGAAAGCCCGAUUUGCCUGUUCUCCCCACUUGAGGCUGAUGGUCUGGAAAGCCCAUUAUCGGAAGAAUUCCUACAAGAAAUGGGAAACAUCCAAGAGAUUUCUCAAUCCAUUGGUGAGGACAGUUCUGGAAGCUUUAGCUUCGCAGACUACCAGUACUUAGGAAGCGGCCCAGGGUCAGACGGGUCUGUUCUUACAGACACGCUCUCGCCAGCUCCGAGUCCCUCGUCGAUCCCUUAUCCAGCGGCUCCAGGCGGCUCUGAUGAACGCUCCAGCGCAGCUCUGAACAUCGAAUGUAGAAUCUGUGGGGACAAAGCCUCAGGCUAUCAUUACGGAGUUCACGCGUGUGAAGGCUGCAAGGGCUUCUUCCGGAGGACCGUCCGACUAAAGCUGGCAUAUGACAAAUGUGACCGUGGCUGCAAGAUCCAGAAAAAGAAUCGGAAUAAGUGCCAAUACUGUCGUUUCCACAAGUGCCUUUCGGUUGGGAUGUCCCAUAACGCAAUUCGUUUUGGACGGAUGCCAAGGUCUGAAAAAGCAAAACUGAAAGCGGAAAUUCUCACAUGUGAACGUGACCCAGUAGAUGCUGAAACGGCGGAUCUGAAAUCCCUCGCCAAGGGAAUUUAUGAGGCCUACCUCAAGAGCUUCAACAUGAAUAAGGUCAAGGCUCGGGUCAUCCUGGCGGGGAAAGCCAACAACAACCCGCCCUUUAUCAUACACGACAUGGAGACACUGUGUAUGGCCGAGAAGACUCUGGUGGCCAAGCUGGUGGCCAAUGGCAUCCAGAACAAGGAGGCAGAAGUCCGCAUCUUCCACUGCUGCCAGUGCAUGUCCGUGGAGACGGUCACGGAGCUCACGGAGUUUGCCAAGUCCAUCCCCGGCUUUGCAAACUUGGACUUGAAUGACCAAGUCACUUUGCUGAAAUACGGGGUCUACGAGGCCAUAUUCGCGAUGCUGUCUUCCGUGAUGAAUAAAGAUGGGAUGCUGGUGGCGUAUGGAAAUGGCUUCAUAACCCGAGAGUUCCUGAAGAGCCUAAGGAAACCGUUCUGUGACAUCAUGGAGCCUAAGUUCGACUUUGCGAUGAAGUUCAACGCGCUGGAGCUGGAUGACAGCGACAUUUCCCUUUUCGUGGCUGCUAUAAUUUGCUGUGGAGAUCGGCCAGGCCUUCUAAACGUGGGACACAUUGAAAAGAUGCAGGAGGGCAUCGUGCACGUGCUCAGACUCCACCUGCAGAGCAACCAUCCGGACAACGCCUUCCUCUUCCCAAAACUCCUUCAAAAAUUGGCAGACCUCCGGCAGCUUGUCACCGAGCACGCGCAGCUGGUGCAGGUCAUCAAGAAGACCGAGUCUGACGCGGCCCUGCACCCGCUGCUGCAGGAAAUCUACAGGGACAUGUACUGACGGCCUCGGGGCGGGCGGCGGAAUAACGGCUGUCCGAGGGCCUGUCCCAGUCACCAGCACUGCAGGGUGAGAAACGGGAGCAAUACCCACUUUGCACAAAUUCCACCAUUUUCACCUUAGAGAAUGGGAUGAACGAGCCCUAGGUAACCGGAACGCUAGUCCAUGUUCCUUCCUUCCUUCCUGUCUGUCUUUUCUUCCUUCCUUUCUUUUUUCUACGCCAGUACUACUCAGAGUGUGCAAAGUACUGAUAAGCUGGUGAUGAGUAGCUCACAUGCAGUUCUUGGGAAAUCAAGGGAAUGAUGCUCGGCGGUCUGAUUCUAACCUGCCCGGUGUUAAUCAGUGCAGAUUUCUUUAUGUCACAUUAGCAAUUGCCUGUUGUAUUAACUGGUGACCUUGAAAUACGGGGUUGGGCUCUUCUUUUUGCUACCUUUUCACUGUGCUCAUGUAUCGUUUGAAAACUAAUCAGUUUUAACUUUUAUAAUCCUAUAAAUCUAGAGGAAUCCAAAGGUUAGGUAUUUAAAACACGGCAAGAUAUUUAUUGGGAAGGUGUUAAUUCUGUGUCCCGUGUCUGAGGAAGGACGACAUGCUGGUUUUUCAUCGGAGGAUUUAAACUUUCUGAGAAUGUGAUAAGCUGUCAGGAUGCCACGGCCGGUCGGUUUUUCGCUGUCUCUGUGGUUGUAACUAGUCCGCAGGAAAGGCCUGUUUCCAGGUCUGUGUAGACGAUCCCAGGAACCCACGUCUCAAGCCUGCCCCUGGGCGUGACGGCCUGCCCACGUCGAGCGGACAUCUGUGGUCAGCAGGAGCACGGCACACGGAAAGCGUGUCAGGCUCUCUGUCCCUCUGACCUGUUUCCAAAUCGGAACCGACAGAGCCAGGUUGCCUGGGGGCCACGGAAGCAUCUUCAGUGACUGUCCGUCCAUGUUCCUCUGAGCCCCGUGUGUCCAAGCAGCUCCUUGGACUUUUCCUGUGCCGCUUUUUCAAAUGCACAGCUCUAGUUUUGUAACCCCUGGUGGUAGCGACCGCUCCUGGAGCAGAGGAGGCAAACACGGGAGACGCUGGAGGCGCUGGAGAGUGAGCAGGGCGGCCAGAGUCCUCCACGUGGCCGCUUCCCCAACAUCUAAAGGACUAGUUCAGCCUUAAAGAUCAUUUCUCAGCCUUGGUCUGGUUAGGAAUGUGGUGUUGAUCGUGGUUUUCGUCCAGAACAUACGGACCUGGAAAGACUCUCUCUCUCUGUCCGCCAUGGAAGUUGAACGUUGGAGAAUGUGCGGCAGCCCCCGCCCUCCAAGCCAGGCCGGGCUGGGCCUGCCAGGGCUGACGCUUCCACCGGGGGCAGGAGCUGUCACCGGCCACCUCUCCCCCCAGCAGCACGUGGGACCUGGCUGUGGCCUCAGGUCCCCUCCCACUCUGUCUUUUGAAAACGUGGCUUAGAAGGCUGAUGCUAUUUGCUGUUGGAAGAAUGCUCGGGAUUGAAAUCGAUCAAGUUCCUAAGAUCGGGAUCCUGGAAAUGCAACCGCAGAGCUCAGGCGAAAUUUCAGCUGGGACCGGCCAAUGCUACACCGGCGCAUCCUGUUCAGAGUUAAACCUGAGUGGAAUUUUUCAUUUUGUGGAACGAUCCAAUUAAACGAUCUGUUGGAAGCAAGUAGGAGUAUUUCCACAGAUGAAUGACACCUGUCAGGAGGUUAUCGGAAAUCAGAAGGCAGCUGAGCGUCGGGUCGGAGGGCGCGUCUGCGUCCUGCCCCAGGACGGGGCGCCCCAGACCUGUGGGGCUGGAGGGCCGUGGCCCGUCCACGGGUGCGGGGACAGACGCUGCGUUCCGAUGCCAAGUCCUUACUGCUCUGUUGACCACCGGCCUCUCUUCUGUGUGGCCCAGGUGGAUGCCGUUCACGGACGUGGCCUCAGAAAGUCACCCUUUCAGAAAAGUUGCUCACACUGUCUCUAUAUUUUCAUGAAACUUGUUCUCACAAGCUCCUUAGUUCAUGCAUCCCGCAGGGACAGGCUGACGGAGGCACAGGCACUGCGCUCCUGGUGUUGGCCAGCAUGUGGCGCUCCUGGGGCCCAGCCAGCCGCCCGGCCAGGUUCCCGGUGAGGCCACAGAUGAGGCCCCAGGGAGCUCAGCUGGAGAGCCACUUGAAUUUAUUCAUGUUUAUCACAUAUUCCCGGCCGUUGUACCUAAUAGUCACUAAUUGCCACUCAGAAUACUUUGGGUCACCUAAUCAAAGAUUUCUCAGACCACGGAAAGUCAGACAGGGACGAAUUAUUCACUAGUUCAAAAUACCAUUUCCAGAGGGACUAUGUAGGGUGUGUGUAGUGCCCGCGGGGCUUCAGCAUGAGGUACGGUGGAUGGCACCGAACAGGCUCGAGGAGCCUCAAGCCGGAGCCUGGAGCCCCUCCUCCACUGGGCAGUCGGCCCGCGGGGCAGCUCCCUCUACUCCCCUCUUCACCAAGUCACUGUGCGGAGCCACAAGUGCCAAACGCCCGGGGACCACAGGAUACGGACAGCCUUUGUGUGCAGGGCUGACGGGACGGGUCCUGAGCCCGGGGGCCACCCCGACCUCUCCACCCGGUCCCCCCAGCGUCCCUCCUCUUCUGCCGCCUGGGCGUGCCCACUGGGCGUCCGGCACCCUGAAUUCUGCUCCUGCCACCCUGAGGGCUGCACAUGCCCCUGGCCCUUGGGUGAGGCCCAGUGUCAUCAAUGCCAAGGUGCUGCCAAGUGCACCAGGGACGGCCAGAGAGCGGGUCCGUCCUUCCCGCCUCGCUCUCGGGUUCCCUGCCGCCUUCCUGGGACUCUCGGAGGAGAUGCAGCGAAAGCGGCUUCCUAAGGAGCACGUGUGCGUCUCCGGGUGCCAGUGCGGAGCCCAGGAGGAGAAGCGCGGUGCGCAGGCGUCCCCCAGCGCCCACGAGCGCUGCCCUGCGGCCGGCUCUUCUGGUUCUCCACGCAGGACGCUUCUCUCCGGCUUCCGGACGCAUGGCUUACUCUGGGCCUUCUAGAAGAACUGUGAGGAGACGAGCGGCCUCAGGGGCCGAGGGGCAGCCCCAGGACUGGGCCGCGCCCCACGAUCUGAGCCGACGCUGGAGGCACACGCAGCACCCUUGGUUUAAUGUCUGCUGAGAAGCAAACUGUCGAUUUAGCCACUACUGGGUCCCCGAGCCCACUUGGUAACAUCUACCUCAGGGAGAUGCGUCAAAGGCACUGUUAACAUUAAGGUACAGAAAACACGGGGGUCCUUCUGGUACAUGUGGAGUCACCCCCCCCUCCCUUUGCUGGGCUGCGCACGGAGAAAUGGAAGGUUAUAGGACUAAGGACACUUCUGUUGUUUUAAGGGAGCCUCGGAGAUACCCGUGGGCAGAAGUUGCUGCCCCUGUUUAGCGGGACUGAUUUGAACAUGACCCGGCUCUGGGAGAUGUGACCACGGUCACUGCCGGCGCUGACCUGCCCCGCUGAGGGCCUCCCCUCCACCUCCGCCGAGCCUGCUGUCCGCAUACGCCUAGUCAGAGAGACCCCUCCAGACGUGGGGCAGAGGGGGUCCCUCCAAGCAACCUGGCUGGGCCGUGACUGUUGCAGGGUGCACCCCAGCACGUGCACCUGUGCCCCUGUGCUGACUCUGGGCUUCUCCUGCCUCUCGCUCCCUUCUGCAAACCACAGUGGCACCGAGCACAUCUGAGACCUAGCCGUCAGAUAUGUGAUGGUUUUCCUGUCUUGAUCCAGUGGCCACACUUGUCUUUGGAAUGUCUUACGAACUCCUGUUUAAAUAGUCAGCCUUACCUGGGAGCGCUGGACUUGGUUGAGACUGACUACACCACUGUCCCGGCCCGACGUGGGACGCCCCCAGGCACCCUGGGGAAGCCCGCCGCCUCCCAAGUGCCUCUUCCCCCCGUGCGGCCUUUCAAAGCACAGGUCCCACUAGGCAAACGUCGCAGGCUCACGGCCCGCCGCCUACGGCAUGGACCUUUACCACCCUUAAAGCAGGCUCCUGGGCCUCCGGCUGGGGGGGCUCCCAGCCGGCCCCUGGCCUCUCCACCCUUCAGUCUGAAACAAGAGAAGUACAACGGUUUACCACCCACCGCAGGAAGUGGGGGUGACCGUACCCUGUGGUCCAGCUGACGGACAAACAGCCACGCCCUUUCGGAACUCUGCGGACCAGAACAGACCGGACUGCAUCCACGUUCAGUGGCUCACCUUGACUGGAGCGACAGAACGUCAAGGACUCCGGUGGCCCCUUAGCUGUUAAAUGCGUUAUUUGCAAAAACAAAAACACUAAGGAACAGAACUUUUUUUUUCUUUACAUCGGAGAUAGUGAUAAGUCCUGGGUCAGGUUUUUUCAUUUAAAAUGUUUGCUAGUUUAGGUCAGAUGUGAAAAGCUUCCCCAUAGGCUCCUCCAGAGAAGGGACUCCACCAGCCACCCCCUCCCUUACCCUCCUCUCCCAACAACUAACCUUCAUUAAUACAAUCAGCCACAGUAUCACACAAACCAUCACAGGACGCGCCCUCCACCCUGAGCCCUGCCUCCGAGGGCGAGGGGAGCCCCAAGGUGGGGGCUUUCGGGCCACUGAGCCUCCUGGCCCAGAGGGGGUGCCCUGGCCUCUGCAUGGCCUCCACAAAGCAGGGAGCUCACGCUUCAGGCCCAGAAGACAAGGGAGUGACCAAUCUUUUCAGGGUAAAAUCAUUCACUUUUGGGAAAUGUCUUCUCCUUUUAAAAAGCACAGAUGGUCUAUCCCUUUUUUUCAGGCCUCAAGAAAAAUCGUACCUCACAAAAGAUGAGUACCACUCAACACCCCUGUCAGUAAGACUACAGUGUUUGCAUUAUCAUUGUUUUUUCUACAUCAUAUGGUAAAAAGAAACAUGUUCAUAGCUAUAUCUUAAAAACUGUGAUUCAAGUUUUUUAAAAACCUUGCAUAAAUAUUUUGCUAACUUUUAAUCACGCAUUUAGUAACAAAGAUUUGGAAUCUUUUGAAAUCAGUAUUAGUUGACACGCAUGCUUAGCAGCCUGGCCCUUGGACCCCACUGGAAACACGAGGCCGGACCACAACAGCUGGAGUACAAUCGCGCACGCGCACACCCCUUGUCAUCUCUUCCGAGCUGCGCGGAACUUCCCGCGUAAUUCCGCUCCUUCGUCAUACUUCUCACGCGUGAAGCCCGAGCGAGCGGACCUUCCCCACCUCUGCGAGCAAGGCUGCCACAGACCCAGGGCACACGUCGCUUGCUCCUGGCAGCAGCGCCCACCGAAGACCUGGACUAAUCCUGGGCAGUAAGUGUUCUUCAGGGAAUUACCACCUGUGGGUUUUUACCAAAGAACUUGGGUAGUUUGAGAUAUUCUGAUGGGACAUGGGCGCCAGCUGGCUCUCUGGCAACGCCCAGACGGGCCAGCCCGGAGCAGGAGCAGAAACUACAGACCCCACAGCGCUCCCGGGUGUCGUUUUCAGUGCCUUGGCAAAACUUGGGGUGUGCCUGCGCCCCCCACCCGCCACCCCACCUGCCCCCGGGAGCCACAGGGCCUUCUACCAGAAGCCGAGGGAGUGACCCACACACGUCAGCACAUCCGAUGGGUGCGCUUCCCAAAGUGAGACCGAGCUUGGUUUCUUGGUGUUUAACGUUCCCGUUCUUAGGUGCCUUAUGCUCCCCAAGUAUUCAGGGACGGACAGAGCCCUUGUCUUAGUAGUAAACAGGAGAGUUCCAAAGCUGGUCCUUCAGAGCAGGUUCUGGUGUCCUCUCUCUGGCUCUGGGCCUCAGGGAGCAGGGGUGUGCAGAGAAAAGCAAAGGUAAUCUUCCUUGUCACGUUAAUGAUAGUGGUUCCAAGCAAUUAGAAAAGGGCUAUAAAAUAAUUCUUAAAAAUCUUUGGUCGCCUUCUUUUUUCCUGCUCGGAGAUUAAACUGAUCACGCACAUUGAUUUAUAUCCUGAGUUUGUGGGCGCGUACAGGUUUGGAAGGUCCUACUGUCAGACUGAUGAAUGUAAGGAGCUAAUUCAGGGUACAGCACUGCCUUAAUGGUUUAAAAAGAAUAAAACUAUUUUUAAAAAUUA